UGUUGUUGCCAUGCGUGCGUCCGGGGGGUGAGCGCUGGUGGGUGUGCGUGCGUGCGUGUAUUCACGCAUGUUUGCGGAUGGCGAUUCGAGCGCGUGCGCGCGCACACACAAGCUGGCUCCCUCAUUCUGCAUGCGCGCGUGUGUGCGCCAGCGGCGAGGCCUUCGUCGCCCUCAUCCUCGGCCUCUGUCGCACUUCUUUUUUCUUUCCGAGGGCGGGCGGUGAAACUUUUGGAUUCGUCCGAGUGUGUCGCGUCUCGGCCCUGGGGACUGACAGAUUUCGGGUGCUGGUCAUGGUGUCCGGGGUGAAGCUGUGGGACCCCCUCCACGCGGGCCUAAUUCACUCUCGUCUGAGUGAGCGACACCUGGCUUCCGUGUUAGCGCCCCCCUGCGCCCUCAUACACCGUGUCGCCAAGGACGCCACUUCCCUCCAGCCCGUCGGCUGGAGAUGAAGGGGAAAAGGCAUUGUAGUCGAGGAGAUGCGAUGAUGGAGGACAGGCUGGACAGCAUGGCCGAUGGACCUAAAAAUGCAAAAAUCACCCUAAGCUUCCCAGUUAGCGCCGGGCCCCUCCCGGCCUCGCUGACGUCAUCCGGCUAUUGUCGUAACGCCGCGUCAUCCUCUUCCCCACACAGACGCCGGCCUUCUUCUAAGAGCUCAGACGAGGGGUCUCUAUGGAAACUGGACUCCACCAUGGACGUAAAGCACAGACCUUUUAAGCCCCCGAGGCACGACAGUUCUCCGUCCUCGUCUCCCUCCUCCUCCUCAUCCCCAAUGACUGUUCACGCGCUUAUCAGGAAGGAUAUAAAAUCCCCGCCUCCUCUCAAGUGCUCCAAACUCCCUCCAGAGACACAGUUUCACAAGUCGGCGCCAGCAUCUUCCAGCUCCGCUCUAGCGGGCUCGUACGGCGGAGACGGAUGGGACGAGAGACACAAGGCGGCCAACGGCGCAGCUUCACCCUCACAAACAGCCCAGAUCCUCUUCAGCCUGGGCACCUCGGCCUAUCCGAGAGGAGGCGGGGACGCAGAGAGGAAGGAGAAAAUAACAGGACGACCCGCUGGGAAGCUGGGAAGCCCUCGUGGACCGAGUCUACACCCACCCGCACUCCACCUCCCGCCCCCUCUGCCCCCACCCCCUCCUCCCCCGUCCGAGGGGCUCACUGCACCCCCCCACUCCUCCUCCUACUCCCCCACAGACAACCUCAAGCCCGAACUGAUUUGCGGAGUGUGCCACCGGCUCUUCAGCUCGGCCUCCUCACUCACUGUCCACAUGCGGCUGCAUCGUGGAAGCCGCGCCCUCAGCUGCCGCUUUUGCGGCAAAGUCUUCAUCCACAGCAAGAGGCUGCAAUCUCACGAGGCCUCCUGCAGGGUGCCGGGCCUGCCGUCCCGACUGGGCCCGUCUCUCGCCGUGCAGCCAAAGGAGGAGCCGCUGGAGGAAGGCGAAGUGAGAGUGGAGGAAGGGGAAACAGACAUGAGCAAGGCGAGGCCGGAGAAAAAAGCAGGUAGCCUGUCGGCACGUGUGCAAGGCGAGGACGAUGCAGCAGCCGCGGAGCUCCUGGCAAGUGAUGAGAGCCAUUUUGUGAAGGUGGUGGACGGCAAUGUCAUUUACUUCUGCUCUGUGUGCGAGCGCUCUUACAUGACGUUGUCCAGCCUUAAGCGUCACUCCAACGUACACUCGUGGCGACGCAGGUACCCGUGCCAUUACUGCGACAAGGUCUUCGCACUGGCCGAGUACCGCACAAAACAUGAGGUGUGGCACACUGGGGAGCGGCGAUACCAGUGCAUUUUCUGCUGGGAUGCCUUUGCUACCUACUACAAUCUCAAAACUCAUCAGAAGACCAUUCACGGCAUCAAUCCCAGUCUGAUCUCCAGUGAAAAGACGGCCAAUGGCGGCUAUAAGCAGAAGGCAAACGCCCUCAAGCUCUACCGCCUCCUUCCCAUGCGCUCACAGAAAAGACCGUACAAGACUUACAGUGACACAUUGCAAAAUGGCCUGCUGAUGUCACCGGCUGAAGCCCCUUCCCUCUCUCUGCCUGGCCUGGGCUGCGAUCUUGGACCUGGAGACUUACCAAGUUUCAUCAGUGGGACCCAUCCUCAGAGCGUCAAGCCUGACCCUGACGGCUUUUGCGAUGACGUCCUCGCCGCUGAACACAACCGCUCUGCGUCGCCGCCCUUCCCCCAGCAAGACUCUGCCCAGCUUAAUAAACACGACGAGGCCCACGAGUUAGAGCCGCAUCGAGGCAGCUCCAAAAUGUCCAGUAGCAGCAAAACCAAAAGUCACAAAGCGGCGAGAGGCGCAGACUCAACAAGCAUGCCCUCUGUGAUCACAUAUGGACACACAAAACCCUCGGUCAUAGUUCACGGAACCGCUGUGUCAUCCUCUGUCAUUGUGCACAGCAACCAGCUCUCCCCCGGAGGUGAGCAAAACAAGCCCCCUGAAAUCAACGUCAGUCAGACCUCCCACAAGGUCAGCGCGAGGCCAUUAAAGAGACAGAGGGACGGCGCUGAUGGCCACAGAAAAAGGUCCCGAGACAGCUCGGAUCCGAUAAGACGGGGUGCGGAGGCAGACGGGUCAUGUUUUAAGUCCAGAAAGUCCCACAGCAAGAAUGACCUAUCUAGGUCAAAGCAGCCGUCGCCAUCGGCGGGCUCACUGGUCAAAGAGACAGGCCCGCUCUGCCAGAUCACUGUGCGUAUUGGGGAGGAGGCCAUAGUGAAGCGCAGUAUCUCAGAGACAGACCUUAGGAGAGACAAAAGCCGCUCUCCCCCCAAAAACAAAAGAGGCGAAGCAUCUUCGGUGAAGGCCGCCCAUCAUCACAAACACCACGACCACCGCCGGGCCAGCCAGGGACAGGAGGACGAUACGGGGCAAGAUAGCAAGGAAGAGGUGGGAGAAAACACGGGCAACUCCUGCGACGAGUUGAGGGAGUACAACUUUCGCCAAAAAGUGCGCGAGCAGGAGAGCGACCACGACAUGGAGGACAACCUGUGGCGACCUUACUACUCCUACAAGCCCAAGAAAAAGGCGCAGGCACAUCUGCAGAGGUUCAAAAGCUGGCAGCGCAAGCUCAAGUUUAAGCGCGCUCUGCGGCUGAAGAGGAGAGCGGAGAAGCUGAAAAAGUGUGGGAAUAAAGAGAUGGGAAAAUCACAAGAUGAGGAGGAGGAGGGUGGAAAGCCGUCAGAGGCUGACAAGGCUGGAUGUGAAAGAGAAGAGAAGCAAGCAAAGGAGGCCUGUCAUGAGCUCUCCACCCCUUCUCCGCCAUCCCCAAAGCCGCUUCUCGGGACCUCCGUUGCUCCUACAGGACUGAAAAGGCGGCCUUGGACCAAUGGCAACGCGGCAGAGUGCGCUACAUGUGGCUGCUGGUUCUCGAGCACCAGCAAGCGGGACCAGCACGAGCUGAGUCAUCUUCUGGAGUUUGUGUGCCUCUUCUGCCGAGCCACUUUCCCCUCAAGGGACAAAUUAGAAGACCACCAGAGGAUCCAGCAUCCCAAGCCCGCCGACACAUCCGCAGGCAUGCAAAAAGUGGCACUCGGCGAACAUCCCAAUGUGCUCAAACCUGAAUGUGGCGACGAAAAGGAAGCUCAACUCAACUUGAGUAAUUCAAGUCCGGCCCGCCUGAGCAGAAGAGCAUUGUCACGCCAUACCUGCCCACAGUGUCACAAAGUGUGCAAGACGUCCUCUGCGCUCAACCGCCACAUCCGACGUCACGAGUUCAGCAGUUCUCCAGAGAGGGAAAAGGAAGACGACCUUCCAGAGCCCGAAACGACAGCCGAGAGCAAAGACGAGGUCCGUGAAAAAGGCCAAGUUGUGUCAGUCAUAAGCUAUUUGACAGCAGAGCCCCCUAAAAGUUGCGACUCUUCAUCAUCACCAGACCAUCACGGUGAACCGACAUCCCAACAUCGGCAAGCGGAGUCCGGUGACAAGCCUGAAGUGGCUGAGCGCACAUACCUGGAACCUGAGAGGAAGCCCAGCCCAAAGAUUAGCGAGAGCCCCGUUGACCUUGCGCCCGCUAAAGCUCAGCCCGUCCUAUCCGCGGCCCCCAAUCUCCAGAGUGUGCUGGUCAUGAACAGGCCCGAAUGUUUGGACUUCUGCACCCCCGGCAAACGGAACCUAGACAAAAUUGCAAGCCCUGUGCACAGCAUGGUAACCCCUAGCACCUCCGCUAAUGUGCCCAUGACGCCACAGACCAGAAUAACCACUGCUGCUCCACCCAUUGCCAUAGCAACCGUUAACAGCUCUGAUCGGGGAGUUGUGGCACGAGAUGGGGUCAUUAUGGACAGAGAGAGGCAGGCUCGGAGUGCUAUGUUUGUGCACGGCAGCUACAAGGAACCCCCCCUGGUCCAAGCUCUCCGAGUCCAGUCCCUGUCCCGCAGUCCGUCUCCCAAUGAAGCACAAGACCUGACCAUGUCCUCCAUACUAGCUCGAGAGAGGGAGACGGAGAGGCAACGACUACGAAAGAGGGAGCUCGAGAAACAGCGAGAGAGGGGGCGGGACAAAGACCGAGGAAAAGACAUGGAGAGGGUCCAACACUUGAGUCGACAUGAACAGACCCCAAUGGACCAAAGAACUAUAUUAGUUCCCAAAGAGGAGCCUUUGAGUCCCGUGCCGUCCCCCCAACACAUCCCCACUUUAACCACUACAAAUGGGCCUCUGUCGCACAGACACACUCCAAAGUCACCCUGCCGUCCUGGACUCUUAGCCGCGGCCAACCAUCAGAUCCAAGAACUGGACCGGCUGACGGUACCCAGCGGUGGGGACCGCCCCUCCGCCCAUGCUCUCCUUCUCCCGCGGGCACCAAAACCACCUGAACCUGAGCGUCACAACACUUCCAGGGAUGGCCAGCACGUGGAACCUGCGCCGGUGUGCUACCCUGUCCAGGAUUACCCCCUUCCCCUCCUUGUACCGGACGCCUAUCAGCCAGCUAAGAAGCAGGAAGACAACCUCCUUGUGUCCUCCUACCCUGCCGGAGCGCUUCCCUUCGGGCCUCUGGGAAAGAUGAUGGUCCCUAACGGCGCUGACUUGGCCAAGCUGCCGUUCUAUCCGGACCCGUACCAGCUCCUCUACGGCUCCCAGUUUCUGGCCUACCCAUACAAUGUGGCGGCUCUUCCCGUGGCCCUCAACAUGAUGGCGCCCGGGGCGGACAAGGUGGAGCCUCUGCCCUUCCUGCCGGCCAUCUUCAACUACACCGCUGGCGCGGGUCCCUAUAUGGGCGCCCCGCCGCACCCGCUGGUGGCCAAGCCCAGCUUCUACGGCGGUGGAAAGAAGCAACGAGACGGCGGCAGCAGCAAACCAUAGGAUGCCAAAAGGAUUCUAUCACAACGAGGAUAGGACCGGGGAGGGAAGGGGUGGCCAAUGUUGGAGUGACGUAUCAUCACACCCUCCCUCCCAUCUUUGUUCUCUGCUGUUUUGCCGUAGUGUGUCGUAGAUCUAGAACUCGAUUCUCUUAUCUUGAAUAUACGAAUAAGAACUGCGUACAGGGUGUGUUUCUCUGGCGCCCCGUCAGAGCCGUAGCCCGUUGCAGCCUGAGCGCCAAGCGAGUCGAAGCCAGUUAUCGACACUACUUCAAAACACUUGUGGAUGUUGGGCUUUGGCGUGAAAUUUUGGGAUUGAAACUACGAUAACCUUUACAGGUGGACGUUGACCUCUAAACUUUUGAAUGUCCAAUUGUUCUCUGUUUCAGUACUUUUUGCACAACUUGCUGUUCUCUAACAAGGAGCUCAAUGGCAAAAUUCACAGCAGGAAAUACCUGCUGUGAAUCCAAAAAUCGAACGAAUAAAUAUUGUGGUUCAAUUACAUUUGCUGUUUAAACAGUCCUCAAUAAGUCAUACUACAACAGAUGUCAGAUUUUCCAUGACAAGGUCAAAAUACAUUUUAGGUUCAUGCUGAAAUUUCACCCCAAAGCCAUAUUAAGGUUUUGUGAGUAGUGUAUUUGAGUAGCGCGGGCACGAAUCUCCACAGACGUACCGCGGUGGCGCGCGCUCGUAUUGAGGACAGUUUGUACGUAACGCGCGCGCUGUGACUAAUGGGAUAUGCGCACGUGUGGCUCGGGCCCACAGGCAGCAUUCCUCCCCGAGACGGCUCGGCAGCAGCAGUAGUGCGUCGAAGGGCCGCCCGUGUAGAAGGGAUACGUCGUCCGGAAGAGUGUACGACAACUCGUCUCGACACACCAUGUGACUUUGUGGCCAGACGACACUGUAGGAUGUGUAUAGCAUAGUUUAUACCUUAUGUGCACAAAUAUAGUCAAGUAGUGGUCACUUAAAGGGGGGCACUUGUAGCUGCUUUGGAUAUGUAGCUGGUCACUGGGUUAAGAAAUGCAGGCUGGUAACUAUUGCACUUCCCUUCUUCAUCUCGUUUCCUUUACACAACAGAGGAAAUAAAGAGUUACCACCCCCCCCCCCCUCUCCCCCCACCCACCUCCCCACACACUCUUGGAGUAGAAGGACAAAAAAAUAUCUAAAGGAUUCAGGGUAUUGAGGUUUUUCUAGGUGAGGAAAAAGGAAGCAAAGAUUUGACUUCCGAUGAGGUUGAGCUCAACAGCCAAAGUGAUGCCUGGACACCCCCCCCCCCCCCCCCCUCCAUGUCAUUUUGUUAUCGCUUGUCUGUUCAACGAUGUUGCUGGUUAGGCCCCUCCCCUCUUGCGGCCGUGGCUUCGAGGGACAGGGGGCACCUCAACCUAAAGAUAUGAAUGUAAAUUUUAGUCAUGCGGUCAAUGAAGUACAGCUGCAUUAACGGUAGACUAUGGCAAGCCUUUUGAGGAUUUCUUCCAUGUGCUUGAUAUCCACUUUAAAAGUCCGUGUACUACAAUUCUCUUUGUCCUCACCAGUAAGACAAUUCCGCACACUAGUAGAACGACUAGAGUGCACUAGUAGAACGACUGUUUUCUAGUCAUGUUUUUUCCACUACUGCACAACUACAUGUUACUCGUGAACCAAAACUGUGUGCUAGUUGACAUCUGUGCGCUACUAAUACCACUGUGGGGUAACGGAUAUCUGAGCACCAACGGUGGGGCAACACGUGGACAGACAAUAUCACAAUACUCUUAUGCAUAUAUUCUUUAUCCUCUGCGAAGAACGACUUACUGCGGCUUACUGAGAAGCUGCGACGUCUCUGGCACCACUGUACUAGUGAAGUGCUUAUAAUGUCACAAGUAGAACUAGUAGCACACACAGUUUUCUGGCACUCUACUAGUCUGCCGAAGUUGGCCUGCUAGUGAGGACAAAGAGCGUACUAGUACAUGGACCUUAAACUGAAUAUCAAGUACAUGGAGUCAAUGCAGAAAGGGCCUUCCAUAAGACUCGGUUUCAGUUCUUUGUUGUUGUUUUUUUUCUUUUUGUUUCACACAAAUAACCUAUUACAGAACAAUAUAAUAGUCUGGUAUGCAUAUAUACAGUAGUCCUAGCAACACGUCAGUAAACUUGGGUUCCGUAUCCACGAAAGCAUGAGCGCCACUUGCUUCCUAACCGUUUCUACGCUCGGCAAAUCUUGACACUGUGCACACAGCUUUUUUUUCCCCCCCCCUUUCCGUUCCCGUCUCAAUCUUCCAUAUCUGUGUUUUUGGAUUCUCACCUUUCGGCCGAAGUUGGCCGAACUCGCACCGCCGGGUGUCUUCUUUUUUGUUUUUUUUGUUUUUCCUCCCGUCUCUUCAGGGGUGAGCGGUUAAGCACGCGUGAGGAAAAACCAAAAGCCACAAAGUCAGCAUAUCUCUCGGCACUCACAAAACGGGCCACCUGUUAUUAUUUUUUUUAAUUUCCGUGUUAAAAAGAAAUAAGAAAAAAAAAAAAAAAAAAAGCAAAAGCCUCGCUGUGUCCGACGCAAUAUUCCAAUCCAUUCCUGUAGAUGUGUUUUUGGACCAUCGUUUCUUAUGUCAUACAGACCAAAAGCAUGCAAAUUGACUCGUGUUGUAGUGACUGGACUGGAAUCUGGUGGUGUUAUACAACUUGUCUACUGUACGUUUUCGUUGAAAUGAAUGUGCCUCUGCUUUGAUAUUUAAAUAAUUAUCUAUAGUUAUUAAGAUGUGGAUCUGCCAGAUUUCCAGGUGCCUUGAUACGGCAUAAGAAGUUAGAUUUGUAAAUGAAAGUUUUUUUUUUUUGUUUGUUUUGUUUUUUUUGUU